UAUCCAUAUCAUCUUCACACAAGAAACAAGAAAGACAAAAUGAGUUCUACUAGCCGAGCAUGGAUUGUAGCAGCCAGUGUGGGAGCCGUCGAAGUAUUGAAGGAUCAAGGGAUCUGCAGGUGGAAUUAUACCCUUAGGUGUCUCCACCAACAUGCCAAGAACAAUAUGGGAUUAUUUUCUCCGGCUAGGAGGAGUCUCACUUCUUCCUUGGCAAUGGCUAAUAACAAGACCCUGAGAGCCCAGGAGCAGAUGAAGCAAUCUGAAGAGUCACUUAGGAAAGUUAUGUACUUGAGCUGCUGGGGUCCCAACUGAUCCAUCCUCUCAAUGAUGACUGUGAUCUGGUAGAGAGAACACCCCUCUUUACAGUUUUGGAGUGUUUGAAUUGCGCAAGGAAAAGAACAGGAUGACAAAAUUGGAGAUGAAGUCCUAAUGGAAUUGCCCAAAUGUCUCUUUGGCUUGGCAUGAGAUCUAAUGUUUCGCUGUUGUAAAUUACUGUAAAUGCCAUUUUUUUUUGGAAAAAAGAAAAAAGUAAAUUUCAGGCACAUUCUAUUUGAUGUCAGAUUGGAAUUGAAUGCAAACAUUUCAAGUUAACUGAUU